UACCUACUGCAGGUUCCCGCUAGGGUGCUUUUCUUCACCGGGUGCGUCAUACCGGCCAGUUUUUUAUACACACCUUAUAUAUUACUCCCUCCCAAUAUACCUCUCUUACAAAUACCUACAAAUACCAAAUCUGUCUCCCCUUAACCCCCCCCCAAUAAAAGAAGCUCCUAGUAAAAAAAAAAAAAGAGACAUAUAAAAAAAAUAGACAUAAAAGCAACCAAAAAAAUGUCCCGCCCAACCCUGCACUUCAUAACCGGCAACGCCAACAAGCUCUCCGAGGUGCGGGCGAUCCUCGAGCCCGCGGGGAUCGCCGUGACGAACAAGGCCCUGGACCUGCCCGAGGUGCAGGGCACGCUCGAGGACGUGACGCGCGAGAAGUGCCGGGCCGCCGCCUCCGCGGUCGCUGGCCCGGUGCUCGUCGAGGACACGUGCUUGUGCUUUGACGCGCUGGCCGGGCUGCCGGGGCCGUAUAUAAAAUGGUUCAUGCAGUCCAUCGGCCACACGGGCCUCAACAACCUCCUCGCCGCCUACGACGACAAGUCGGCGCAGGCCGUCGCCACGUUCGGGUUCUCCCAGGGUCCCGGACAAGAAGUCCUGCUGUUCCAGGGGCGCACGCAUGGCAAGAUUGUGCCUCCGCGAGGCCCGACUACUUUCGGCUGGGAUCCUAUAUUUGAGUAUGAUGGACAAACCUACGCGGAGAUGGACAAGGCCGAAAAGAACAAAAUCUCGCAUCGGGGCAAGGCUCUCGAGAAGCUACGCGCGUGGAUCGAGGGGGGCGGGAUGAAGGAAUAAAUAAAUACCUACUUUAUAGGUAUGUGGGCAGGCAGUUAAACAGGAAGGAAAGGUAGUAAGCAGCGAGUAGCCUUACCUAGGUCGAGCAUGAAGAAAGGGGAGAGAUCCCGGAUAUGAAAGUACCUACUUACCUAGUACCUCAUCUAGCUGUCAAAUGGGUUGAGAUAUGUGCUUAGACACAGACAAGCAACAGUAAAAGGAAUCUAGAAAUAAAUAAAAUAAAAUAAAAUAAAAUAAAAAGGUAUCUCGUAAAUAGGUACUGUAUCUAACGUUACACGCCUACUUAUUACAACAACUCCAACCCCAAGGCAAACGAUCAAAUCUAUGCAACGAAAACGU